AUGACUUCCAUGUCGCCCAUCAAUACUGCUGCCGCCAUGUCCGGCACCCCCUCCCACAACGGCAGCGUCUCGCCCAGACAGCCAGCGCCGCCCAAGAAUGUCGCAUUUGAGUUGUUGUUCCUCGACUCUCCUCAACAUCGUGCGCGGCUUCCCAUGCGGGUGCAGAUUUACCCUCAUGACACAACUGACUCGAUUGUCACGACGGUCAAGAAUUUUUAUGGCCUCUACUCCGGUCGGGCUGGCUCCAAGGGCGUCAGCUUCGAGGAUGACCACGGCAAUACUCUGAUCGCGCGGUACGAAAACUUUAGCAACAACAUGAUUGUCUACGUCCGUGUCAUCGAGGAGUCACCCGCUGCCUCUACUGGCCUCCCCCAACAAAAUCCACAAAAUUUCCAGUCUCCCACAACUGUCGAUGCUUACUAUGAGGGCGACCGGUAUGCCAGAAAUCCCCAACAGGGUGAGGAAGCGCCCAUUGGCAGAUUACCGCGCCAGAGAAGCCAGUCUCCUCGGGUCGAUGGCGCCAGUCGCAGCGGCUCUGUAAGCAGCAAAAAGAGCCGCUCUCGCUCUGUCAAGAGCUACGCCUCCAAUGCCCUCCUCGGCGACUCGUACAGCGCGAGCGUUGAUGGCUAUAGCAGUGGCGACGGAGAGCACGGUAGCGUUUCUAGCCGGAGCAAGGAGCAGCUCGGCACUACUGAUAUCAGUGUCGAAAACAUUGUUGAGGGUGGUCGGCGCAAACGAGCCAAGUUUGAGAGCUCGGAACUUCCUCUUUUUGCGCCGCCGCAGAUGCCGGCAGCCACGUCCAACCCGUCCGUGUCGCCGGCUCGCCGAAUUGAUGCCCGCGCACCCCUGUCCUACGUGCCACACGGGACCAACCCAUUCACGAACCCCCGACCAUUACAUGCUUCCUCAAACUAUGGGAGCAGCUUCCACGCGGGUGGUUAUGCAACUCCCAGCGCUGAAGACCGCCGCCACCACCGUGGCAGCAUCAGCUAUGGCAGCAGUGGCGCUAUGGGUAUUCUUCCCACUCCAGACCCCACUGUCGGCAGCUGCAUGUCUGAAGAGGACAAGGAUGUUGCCAUUCAGCUGAUGCGCCUUGGUGAAAUGUCAAAUAUCUCGCACGGUCGCACCUCUGCCUCCACGCUGGACGACACCUUCAGUGGCAGAGCGGACAAUGCUUCGUCCACUGGAGCCACUAGUGACGGGGACAGUGAGAGCGAGGACGAGCUUCCCGCCGCCCGUCGCCAGAAGCUUGACAUGUCGGGCGCCUCCAAGCUCAUCUACCCAACAACAGAGAGCAGCUUGACGCACGCGCAAGCCGAGUACAGCAGCGACGAGGGUAACCAGGAAGAUGGCAAGCCUGGACAGGCCAAACCCAAGCCUAUCAUGAAGCACAAGACCACCUCUUCCAUGUCCAAGCCGCCGACCAAGCCGAAGACGCACAAGCCAUCCAACAGCUUGAAGAUGAAGAAGCCCCCCGUGCUCACCAAUGUGCCCAUGUCGCCCGCGUCUGCUCCGCACUCGCGCAAGCCCUCGGUCGCUUCUAUCAGCAGCCUGCCCACUGGUGAUCCGGACGGUCAUCCCGAUCUGUCCACCAAGCCCCGCUGCCAGAGGUGCCGCAAGAGCAAAAAGGGGUGUGAUCGCCAGCGUCCCUGCGGCCGUUGCCGUGACGCAGGCCUGUCCGCCGACCAGUGCAUCAGCGAAGAUGAAGGCAAUGGCCGCAAGGGCCGCUACGGGCGCCACAUGGGCGUGCCCCUCCAGAAAGAUGAUGCACCUGUCGCGGUUCAGCCGACUCUGCUUCCGGCAGCCCCGAUCGCUCCGACUAUGGCGCCCCCGUUAGCCAUCGACAAGAACAAGAAGCGGAAGAGGUAA